GAGUGAGCAUCCGGAGAAGAAUGUUUGUAUCCGUUUUCCGUUUCGGUUUGAAGUUAAAACUAGCAAUGGUUGAAGCCCACCACCCAGGGCAAGCCCUCUUCUCAUUGUUACCCUCAGGAAGGGGGUACAGAUGCCUGAAGGCUCACACUCAGCGAUUCAGGAACAACUCUUCCUCUCUGCCAUACGAUUUCCAAAUGGACAUUGAACCCAUGAACCCAUGCCACUCCUUCUGUUUUUUGUGCACUACUUAUUUUAAUUUAACUAUUUAAUAUACAUAUAUAGUUACUGUGAUUCAUUUUUCUAUACUUAACACGUAUUGCAUUGUACUGCUGCCCGCAAAAUUAACAAAUUUCACGACAUGUGCCGGUGGUGUGAAACCAGAUUCUGAUCCUGACACCCUUAAUAAUUCUGAUCGUCUGCUCUCCUUUCUGAACCUUUUUAGGUCAAUCUUUCGGUCAUGUGCCUACAAUCGCCGAAAACACUAGGCAGCAUUUUAUUCGGAAGCGCUGUAGGGUAACUUUAAUUUCGUCUAAUUUCAAAUAAAGUUAAUAUAAUUAACGUAUUUGUCUCCUCCUUGCACUGCCUGAGCCAACAUAGGUUUGCAAGAGCAACCCCACCCCUUCUCUUUUCAUCAUUACCAGUAACGUAGGCUGUUCUUGCGUUUACCGUAAUUCCAGCCCCUUUGCUGUGAUCUUACCCGUUUAUUGGGACGAACAGGAAGUGAAGGAGAGGCAUAAUAAGCCUGCCUCCCGGAAGACGCAACAGAAAAAAUAUUUGUGGUGGGGUGUUUGCAACAUCAGUUGCGAGGGAGUCCUGCAAUCAGUCCCGGAGUACACUUUUUCUGUCCACCCCCGUAUUCCUGAACCGAGCUGAAGGAUGAUCCUGGAUCGAGGGACCGAGAACUCGAGCGACAGCUGCGAAGGCGAGAACUGGCUGGGGUCGAGCCCCAUCAACCUGGGCUCCUUCUACCAGAGUUCGCCCACGGCCAGCGAGCCGCGCUCGCCCGCCUCGCCGCAGUCCGAGGCGUCCAGCUCCAGCGUCCCAUCCCCAGAGUCCUGUUCAGGGACAAAGGCUCUGAAACAGCCCUUCCAGGGAGUCAGGGUAAAGAACCCUGUGAAGGACCUCCUUAAUUAUUUCAGGAGCACCCGCUCAGGCACCAAGCUGGAAAGUCACUUGCCUCAGUCAAACUCAUCAGAAGAACAAUUUUCUCAAAUAAGAGAUAUCCUGAAUUGCCGAAAGAGAUCAGCUUUGGAGAACCUGAUCGAUGCACCUCCAUAUAAACAAUCUGCACCACCUGUAUCAUCCUAUCCAUUGACUCCACCCCAGACUCCAAACUCUGAGAAUUCAGAUGGAUGCCAUAAAACCGAAUCAAGAAAUGAUGUAAAUCCAGAUGUUCUUGAGGCUAUAAUAAACAUGUUGCAGAAUGAUGCCCAUGAGAUUUCUCUGAAUACAGUUCAGGUCAACUGGGCCAAGAAUAAUCAUGCUCCUCAAAGAGAUGAGAAAUUGCACAACAACAGUUAUAUGCAGGAACUAAGCGACUGCCAACUAUCCCCUGAACGGUGCCAGGAAUUUCAGCCAUACCCAGUGCAGAGUCCUCCACAAAUCUCUGGACAACAGGAGGGGCUUCAGCCACUUCAAGUUCUUGCCAGUAGACUGGACCAAGAUUUUCAACAGAUCCCAAAUGAUAUUCGAGGCCUUCCUUUUCCAGUGCAUCUGAAUCCAUCCAUGCCCAAUGAGUUCUCAUUUUUUCCAGUUAGUCAUCAAAUUGUGGGCAGUCCGCAACCAUCUGAAUGUUAUAUGCAAGCUUGUGGAUCUCUACAGCCCAACUCCCAGGGUGAUGUAUUACAGCCUGCCUCCUUGUACUAUUCAUCACAAUGUCAAGGCAAGUCCUUCUUUGAAUGGCAACUUGAACAAGAAGAGAAGAAGUUGUCCCAUCUUACUCAAGAGCAACUUCUUUCCAAAGACUCUGAUGGUGAUACUCUUUUACACAUUGCUGCUGCACAGGGUAGACGUGCUCUUGCCUAUGUCCUUGGAAAGAAGAUGGCUGCAGUUAAUAUGAUCGAUGUUAAAGAACACAAUGGUCAGAGUGCUUUGCAAGUAGCUGUUGCUGCCAACCAGCACUUGAUUGUUCAGGACCUAAUAACCCUUGGAGCACAAGUGAAUACUUCGGAUCGCUGGGGCAGAACGCCACUGCAUGUAGUUGCAGAAAAGGGUCACUUUCAAGUGCUUGUGGCCAUUGAAAAAGGAAUUAUACGAAAUUGUCAGCAUCUCAAUCUGGAAACUACAAACUUUGAUGGCAUGACUGCUCUGCAUUGUGCAGUCCUGGCCCAGAACCGUGUGGUGCAUGAACUUCAGAAUAAAAUUCAACAGCAUCCUUGUUCUCUUGAGACACAGGAGCUGUCCAUGAAAAGCAAGAACUUAUUGGACACCAUUAAAACCUUAUUACAAAUGGGAGCAUCUAUUGAAACUCGGGAUCGGAAAAGUGGUCGCACUCCUCUGCAUUUGGCUGCAGAAGAAGCAAAUGUUGAUCUUUUGCGUUACUUUCUCGAGCAACCAACCAGUCUGAAUGUUGUAAAUGCUAAGGCUUAUAAUGGGAACACUGCACUUCAUGUUGCAGCUGGCAUGCAGGACCGGGUCAGUCAGGUAGAUGCUGUCCGGCUUCUGAUGAGAAAGGGAGCAGAUCCCAGUGCCAGAAACUUGGAGAAUGAACAGCCAGUACAUCUUGUGCCGGACGGUUUAAGAGGAGAAGAAGUCAAGCGCAUUUUGAAGGGGAGAGCUGCUCAGUCAAGAGUGCCAUUCUUCUGACUUCCUAUUUUGGGAAGUUUGCUGUCACCCUCACUGUCAGUUAGGCAGUCUUGUUAGUUUUGUAUAGAGAUAUUUGCGAGUUAUGUGCAAAUGUGUGUUGUUUCUGUGAAAGAAACUUUAAUUGUUGACUACUGUGUAGUACUUUAAAAAACAUACUAAUGGUAGUAUUAACCGUUUUAUCUUGCUUUAGCAUAAGCAUAAGGGAUUCAGUUGACUUUAGAUCAAGUGGCCUGGAUUUUGUAGUCAGAAGUGAACUGAUUGCUCCAGGUUGAAGUGAAUCGACCAUAAAUUGUGCCUCCCCUUUUCCUGCAUUAGUUUGUGACUGUAACAUUGCAAUCAAUCUCACUGAAGAGUUCUUGUGAACGAAAGAAAGGGCAUCUGUCUUAGAUUUUAAACACAUCAGAGCACAAAAUGAAAGUCGUAAUACACGUCAGGUCAGGGCUGAAACAAAAUUUAAAAUAUUUCAUAAUGCACUUUUGAAAUAUUGAAUUGUAAUCCACAGAAAAAAAGGAGUAAGUUUGCUAAUUAGUAAAAACCAUUUAUAAUGUUGUUCGAAAGCUCACUUGCAUCUUCAGCAAAACAGUACAUUAUUUUAAGGUGUUUAUCAGCAAGGACCAUAUGUAAAUGUUGGAUUGUAUUUUACUUAAUUACAUUUGAAAAGGCUAAGUAAUGCAGCUUGUAGAAGAACAUUAGUAACAAACUGACAUUAUAAUAAUACACUGGUUGGCAAUUUUGUACUCGAUACAAAUGGCAAAAUCCAGGACAUUAUUGAUUAAAAAUUGUAAUGCAUGGGAUCAGUGUGACAUAUAAUAUUCAGAUGCAUAUCUUAUCUUAACUUCAAAAUUGCAACUUGAAUAUAUUUAAUUAUCUUUGUAAUUUUUGCUCUAAACCAGGUGUGCAUCAGUGGGUGUUGUUUGUUCAAACUUACUUCAUCCAGUAAGUUGGUAGAACAUUUGGGUCACUAUGUUCAGGUGAAACAAUGCACGUAGUUUGAAAAAGAGUUGAUAAGGGGUGAAGGGCAUUUCUGUUUUUAAAUACUGACAUUUCGAGAUUUGUCGUGAUUCAUCCACUUGUGUGAAUAGAACUUUUUGGGUCUAGCCACAUGUACCAUUGAUGCAAUGAAAGCAUAUUACUUCUGCAAACUGUAAGUUUUCUACUUGGGAAAUGGCUUACUUUUUGAUUUUUUUAUAUUUAUAUAUUCCUUUUAACAGGAAGGACUAGCCAGGUUUAUCGCAUGCAUUUGUCUAGGAGAUUCUGAGAUUGGUAGAUCUACUAAUUAAUAGUUUUGGGAUUUUUUUAAGUGUGAGGAUUGUUAUUAGGAAGAAAGAGGUUUCAGGAAAAUAAGAGGUAGAGUAUGGAAAUUAUUAAAGUUAAGCACUGAUUCUCAGAUUUUGAUUGAGGGAGAAAGUGACAAGUGGAUUGAGACUUUUGGAUUGGUGUACAAGUGUUACAUAUCCACUUCCUGAAUUCCUUAGGUAUAUAAAUGUAUUUUGUAUUCUUUAAUGUUUGUAUCUACAGGUAUAUGAUCAUAGUUCUCAUUGAGGAAAAUCUUGUAUUUCCUAAUUCAGUAUGCCUGAUCCAAAUUUUUUUCUUAUGAUAUUUAACUUAGUUUUUAAGCUAACUUUGUUGAUAAUGAAAUUAACUUUUUAAUCAUUAAAUCUACACCAUAUUUCAACUUUGUACAUUUAAAGUGCUAAUAAUUUGAUAUUUGGGGGUAUUUUGGUAAAUCAAUGAAGUAUGUCUUGUGGACAGAUUUUCACUGUUAGUUUAUGCAACAUUACAUUAAAGAUUUUAUGUAUUGGC